AUACUCAUGAUUCAAAUCGGUAAACAAGAAUGCAUGAUGGCACAGGAUAAUUCCGAAAUUGCCAUCGUUAGUAUCAAACAAGAAAAAAGAAGACAGAGACGACCUAAAGUUAAGCCUGCACCUAAAAGGCUCCUGAAAGAGUUCUUCUACGAAAGAACUUUUGUGUCCCUUGCUUUGGAAUACUAUGGCUAUCGACAUGAAGUAGCAGCGUUUUAUAAAAAGUUCUCACAUGUUACUAGAAGGUUGCUGCUAAAGAGCAGUAACACUGUUGGCAGUCUUGAAGACUAUAAGAGAGCUGUGUAUCGCUUAAAAGUUACUGAUACCCUCCAAGACCUAUUUAGAUAUAACUGAUAUGAACAUGUCAUUAUUCAACCAGAGAUAGCCGUAGAUUCUUCCCAGAAGUUAGUUAAGAGGAUCAAGUGACUUCUUGAGAACACCAAGAGUCCAGUGAAAGAGGAAAGCAAAGAUUUAUCGGUCAUAAGAUCUUCCCACUUACAUCCAUUAGAACUAGAGAAAGCAAAGAUAGCACUCCCAGAUGGCUACGAAGCAGAUAGCAGAGGAUUCGUCAAAGUUGAUUUUGAAGAAUUUGGGAAAAUCUUAGUGAAGCUUACUAAAAUAGCAAAAAUGUAUGGAAUCAAACCUAAGAAGAUCAAGUACAUGAAGAAUGAAGAUGAGUUCAUCAAUUGUAUUGAUCUAGGAGCCACAAUGGAGUUUGUAGGAUUCAAUGCCUUUAUUGCUGAUACUUCUCACAACAAAAUAAUGGUCUUCACUGAAAACCUUGAUGUCAAAGAGUGAGAGCCUGAUUUUUACGUAGACAAAUAUUUCGAAAUCAACAAUAGUAUGGAGAAGAAGCAAAUGACCCUUCUAUGCUUCCAAAACUGUUUUCAGAACAGGGAUGUAUGGUACAAGCUUAGAGGCCUGAGGAAUACAGAUGAGCUGUUCAUUGAUUUCGCUGAUAUAGAAAAAGCAGUCAAUUUCUUCUUACCAAGCUUGAUAAAGAAUCCUCAAAAAAUAAGAAUUCUGAACAUAGAAGCGAAUAUAAAUCGUUAUAGUAUGUGUUACAAGUUCUAUCAGGAUUUUCUAUUUCAUGCCAGACCAGAGAGAGUCAACAUAAACCUGUACUACAGCCAUAAGAUGGCUUAUGUAAAGUACUCAGUCUAUCCUCGAAUUGUAUACGCCAUCAGGAUUAGUAGAGAAAAUGAUGCAGUUAAAUUCAGUAGAAUUGUUACCACAGAAGAUACCCAAAUCAUGGCAAACCACUUGCAAUUCUGGAAGUUAGAAAAUGAAACCACAGAAUGUCUCAUUUCGGAUGACUUUUGUCUUAACAAUGGCCGGAUCAUUGAAAUGAGUGAAUAUUUGGUAAAGAGUCCAAACCUCCCUAAGAUUGUGAGACAAGCUGUAAAUUGGCAUAUUACUUAUGGAAGAAUGAUUGGAAAUUCUAUGUUGGAGCCAGAGCAGGAUCAGAGUCCAGUGGAGUCAAGAAGCGUGCAGGAAUCCCUGAAGUUCCAAAAAUAUUCUGGAAAGUAGUAAAAACGAUCUUUGGCAUCCCUCUUGCUAUAAAAGAUGUGUAUCCUAAAGUAAGAGUAGUAGCUGAACUAAGACCCAAAACUGAUGAGAUAGGUGUUCAAAGAAGUAAUAUUGUUCAAGAGCAGGCUAACUCCUUCGGUGACCUAGUCGAGCAGGAAUACUGAUAAUGAUUCCCUUCUAAAAGUCAAUAAUUACCUUUAUUAAUAAACAU